AGUAUAUAUAACAUUGGGACUCUUUGGCGUGCGUUGAACCCUCUCGCUCGGCUUCGGCGCCUGUUUGAGUUUUUCCUUCCAGGAGAAGAUGGGGGAGACCUCGAGCGGGGAUCGGCCAUGGCAAUCCUAUCACACUGCUUAUACCAACGCGAAAGCUGGAAUGGAAGGGGUUGAUAAAGAGAAAGUACAAAGAAUAAUUUAUGAGAUGAGCAAAGGAUCAAAAUAUUUUGAGAAUGAGAAAAGAAAAGAGGCAUUCAUUAAACAGAAAAUUGAAAGCUUGCGUGCGCAACGUGCAAAACUUACAGAGAAGGAUAUUUCACAUUUCCAAAUGAUUGUUAAUAAAAGAAUUUUGGAGUUAGAUGGUUCACGUGACCUUUCAAAGAUAUGGUUGCACACUGACAUGGAUGCUUUCUAUGCUGCUGUUGAGACAUUGGAGAACCCAUUAUUAAAAGGCAAACCAUUGGCUGUCGGUGGUAUGUCCAUGAUAUGCACUGCGAGUUAUGAGGCUCGGAAAUAUGGAGUCCGUGCUGCAAUGCCAGGAUUUAUUGCACGUAAAUUGUGUCCAGAAUUGAUAUUUGUUCCUACAAAUUUUGGAAAGUACACAUACUACAGUGAAAAGACAAGGAAUGUUUUUAGUAAAUAUGAUCCUGAUUAUAUAGCUACUAGCUUGGAUGAGGCAUACCUCGAGAUAACUGAGAUAUGCAAACAAAGAAGCAUUAGCUCUGAAGAAGUUGCUGCUGAACUAAGAAAUACUAUUUAUCAAGAAACUGGUCUUACUUGUAGUGUUGGCGUGGCGCCAAACCGCAUGCUUGCAAAGGUUUGCUCAGACAUCAACAAACCUAAUGGGCAGUUUAUUUUGCCAAACGAUCGAGAUGCUGUAAUGACUUUUAUAUCAUCACUUCCUAUAAGGAAGGUAGGUGGUAUUGGUAAGGUGACUGAACAAAUAUUAAGAGAAGUACUUGGAAUUAGUACGUGCACUGAAAUAUUGCAAAAGGGAGCUCUCUUACAUGCAUUAUUUUCUCAUUGUUCAACUGACUUUUUUCUUUGUGUUGGACUGGGUAUAGGAGGAACAGAUGCUCCUCAGCAAAAGAUGCGGAAGAGCAUUAGUAGUGAGAGGACAUUUGUAGCCACUGAUGAUGAAUCACUGCUGUUCCAGAAAUUGGUUGAUCUUGCUGAAACAUUAUCAAAUGACAUGCAGAAGGAGGGUCUUCUUGGACGGAAUCUGACCCUUAAAUUGAAGACUGCAUCAUUUGAGGUUCGGACAAGAGCAAUUUCAUUGCAGAAAUAUGUAAAUUCAAAAGAAGAUAUUUUGAUAUAUGCUUCCAAGUUGCUGAAGGCAGAACUUCCUGUUCGAUUAAGGUUGUUGGGCCUACGGUUGUCACAUUUCCAUGACGAUAAUCACAAUCCUCUCGGUCCUACGCAAAAGACUCUGACGAGCUUUCUGCACAUCUCUGAGAGUAUACCAAGCAUCAUUAAUUCUGUCCAUUUAAACUCCAGUGAUGUUCAGAUAAUGGGUGGCGGGACGAGUUCCUCGACUAAUGAAAGCCAUGGUUUUCAAUGUGAAUUGAAUGACAUACUCGAGUCCAAUCAACUGUUUGUUUCAAAUGAAGGCAAUGUCACAAGUUCAGAAAUUCAAGCAGAAUAUUCUAACAAGGAGUGUCAAAGCAAGUGUAAAGGAAAAGAGGAUUUGACCAAUAUCGUCGACUUCUCUGACCGCAAAAGGGCUGCAUCAUCUCGUGACUCAUCCCGGCCUUUUUGGAUCGAUGAUUACAUCUGUUCUGUUUGUGGGAUUGAAAUUCCCACAAACUUUAUUGAGGAGAGACAAGAACAUCUGGAUUAUCAUCUUGCACAGAUGCUUCAGAAGGAAGAGUGCAGAUCUUUGACCUUCUCUUCUCCCCUCGAAAAGAGUAGGACAAAGAAGCAGAAGUCAUCGUCUGGGAAACAAGCAAAAUAUAUCCCUAUUGAUGCGUUCUUCAAGAAGAAGACGUAAUUAUUUGACAGAUGUAUAUAAAUGUAUGAGUAAAGUAGGGAAAAAUCAAAUGUAUCAAAGUGUCCUCAUGUUAGGUGUGAUUACUGACGUGAUAAUAAAUUGGUUACCAUUUACUUUAGUUAAUUCAGUGGUUUGGAAAAUUUUGACCAAA